UCGUACCGACAUAGGGCCUAAACCAAUUGAAACAAUUUCAUAUUUCCUCGUAUAGCUGUUGUUAUCAUGGCCGUGUACACAUCACUGGAGAGUACCUCAGCCCCUCUCCUCAAAAGCGACUCCAAGCAACCUGCUCGAUUCGGUAGUCUGAUCGUCGAUUUGACAAUCAUAAGUGAAAAUGGAACGCCGUUCACUGACUUCAAAGAGGCGCCUUUCAACCUGACACUGCCAGUUUUUGAGAUCUAUGACAACGAAUUCGCAAUUUGCUCUUUUCGUUCUGGUGACGACCCGAUCUGGUAUACUGAUGGUUGCUGGGUUACCAGCGUUGCUGCCGAUGACGUCACAUGCAGCUGUGACCACCUGACACAUUUUGCCAUUCUUCUGCAAGUGAAGGAGGUGCGAUCAUACAAUCACACCUUUAUUCUAAGUCUUCUGACGCGUAUUGGCCUCGGUCUUUCCAUUGCGUGUCUCGUUGUCACACUGAUGACGUAUGUAUUCUGUCGACUGACCAGUGAUCGCAUUUUAACCCAUGCGAACUUGGCAUUGUCACUGAUGGCGUCACACGUUACAUUUCUGUUCACUGGAACGUCAAAUGAGACCGCGUGCACGGCGGUCGCCAUUUUGCUUCAUUUCUUCCUGCUGGCAGCUUUUACCUGGAUGGCACUAGAGGGCGUGUUUCUCUACAUCAAGUCCACGCCCACAUUCCGCUGGACGAUCCGAAUUCCAGUCUGGCUUUCGAUUGGAUGGGGAUGCCCAGCGGUUGUAGUUGGUAUCUCUGUCGCAAUCCGGUCACGUGACUACACAAGGCCCGGCAGCUGCUGGCUGUCCUUUGAUGGAGGGUUGGUCUGGGCCUUCUUGGCUCCGGUUAUCUGUGUUCUCAUUGGGAAUAUUUUCGUUCUUAUUCGACUCAUCCGGAUAUUCUACUCGCUGAAGAGCAACCAGGACAAAUCGAAAGUAAUGAAACUGAAGGCCGGACUCCGAAUGAUGUUGGUGUUGGAGCCGCUUCUGGCCAUGUCCUGGAUUUUCGGUGUGUUCUUCAUCGACGAAGCCACCAUCUUCUUUGCGUAUGCCUCUGUAGUCUUGAACACUCUGCAGGGCGUUUUCGUGUUUUUGUUCCAGUGCGUCUUUGAUCAAGAGGUGAGGCAGGCAUUUGCGAUGAGAGCAUCCAAGGUCCAAGCGAUUAACAUCCGUUUGGAAAACACUGCCACGACAAUGGCAGGAUCCACGUCUCAGCAUUGAUCUGAUCAGCUCUGGUAACAGACACCAACAAAGAUGACUGAGGAGGAACGCAGGAGAAAGAUGCGAAUAAAAUACUGCUAUUGGCUGUUUAACCGUACAAAUUAUUUGAGAUUUUAGUUAGCAUCUAUAGUGAAUGCAUUAUCAUAACGAGUUUCAUUCUCGACCAAAUGACGAACGCAAUAUGUUGUCAAUGUUCCAGAAUAUUGAAAAUAUAAAUUUAAAUGGUCUUUUUUUCUGAAAACAUACAAAAAAAAUUCGGAUUUACUUUUAGUAGAAAACGUUUUGCCGUAUUGACAAACAAAUUUGUGUGUAGUUAAUUGUACACCAGUCCUGACUCGGGCUGAUUUCACGUGUUCAAUCAGAUGAAUGUAAUUGGUUAGCUUUAAUCAACGAUGUGGAGUACAUAGGAGCUAUGUUGAAUUCCCAUAAUCCUUUAUUGUGUCCAUACGACAAUCUGUCUUGAAAAUUGACCUGCUUGCUUGCAUUAGCGAUGGGCAUGAAUACAAGUGAAAGCUGCGUAGUUUAAGCGUUCGUGCUAUGUCAUGCUCUUAGUAAGUGCUUUGUAAUGCUCUAAGUGAUUACUAUUUAAGGACUCAGAUUUUCAACCAAUUUUAUUGUCUUGAAACAAAUUGUAUUAAAAUGUUGAAUGUUCGUACAAAUAGUAGUUAACCCUUCGUUUUUAAAGAAGCCGAGUCACAGCAAGGGCGGAUCCGGGAGGGGGGGGGCCAAAGGGGGCCA